AAGCUAAUUCAUUCAAUUACAGACCAGGAAGUGUUGACACGGUGCAUAGCUGACGAUAACUACAAGAAACAAUUACAGACAUAAAGUCUACAGGAUAACGUGUGAUUGUUUGUCGUAGACUACAUAAAAUACAUCAAAUCAUGGGGCUGGGUGAUCCAAAUAGUAAGGAGCAGAGAGAUGUGGAGGCUGCACAGGAGGUGGAUCGAGUUAAAUCUCUACAGUCUCAAGUGGAUGGGGUAAAGGAUAUUAUGACCCAGAAUGUUGAUCGAAUCCUGGCCCGUGGAGAAAGGCUGGAGGAUAUUAUGGGCAAGUCUGAGGAUCUGCAAGCUGGGGCCCAGAACUUCAAGCAGACCUCUCAGAAGGUUGCUCGUGCUUACUGGUGGAAAAAUGUGAAGAUAAUUGUGUGUAUUAUUGUUGUCGUCAUCAUCAUUGUCCUGAUAGUUAUAUUCCUUGCUACUGGUGUGAUCCCAACCAGUUCAUCCAAACCUCCCACAGUGGCACCACCUCCUUAGGGUUUGCAUCAGUUACAACACACACACCCACCCAUGCCCACAUACAAGCACGGUCAUGGCAUCAUAAAUUCACAUACAUACAUACACACUUUAAUUUGCACAUUUUGCUCCUUUACCUUCAUAUCCCUUAAUGUCUCUGCACCUUUUAAAAGAUAGCAGAGCUUCCAUUAUGAAAGCUUCAAAACCUUUAAGUGAAGGGGUUUAAAUAGCCUGUAGACACAAUGUCGUCUAUUGUCUUUACAUACUUCUCACCUCCUAAAAUUUCAUUCUAAUGGCCACUUCAGCUGUCUUUAUGGUUCUCUUAAACCUAUUUUAUAAUAAAUGCAAUAUUGUUCAGGUUCUUACAUACUAAAGGUGGCCUUGAAAUAAUAAUGUACUGUAUGCUUGCAUUGAAUUAGAGAAGGUAAUGGGUAAAAGUUCUGUCUACUGAAUUACGAAGUAUAUUUAAGACUGUUAGAUUGGAUAAUAUAAGACGUUACUUGUUAUAAAAUACUUUUAGAUCUUCAA